AUGGCCGCCCGGACCAGCUGCCUGCGCGCAUCCGCCCUGCCCAGGCCAAAGCAUCUGGCACUCGAGUCGUCAGAGAAUUUCAUAGCAGCUUCAUCUCCCUCGGGCCACUCCUCCCACUCUGGCACGAGGCAAGUCUCACGGGAGGCGGACACAGACACCGUCUUCCUCCGCCUCUCCCUCUCCCAGGUAAGACCCACCCUCCACCUCUCCCAGGUGCAACCCGCCCUCCACAUCUCCCAGGUGCAACCCGCCCUCCACCUCUCCCAGGUGCAACCCGCCCUCCACCUCUCCCAGGACAUGGAGGACAUGAUCUGUGUUGACAGGCACGUGGCAAGUCUCACGGGACCCUCUGGUACAAGAGUUGGAAGUGGCACAACUGCCGGUCGAACUGCUGCCAAGGUUAGAGGUUCUGUUGUUGGUGCCACUGCUGCUGCUGUUCCAGGUUUUCCACCUGUUGUCCCUCUCCCUUUCAUCCCUGCUGCCCCUCCCCCUUUCAUUUCUGUUGCCAGCCUGAGCGUUGACAGCCUUCCCCUGGCCUCCGUGACGGCUGCAUCUUCCACAAUGCUGGUGGUGGUGGUGGACCCCGCAAAGAACAUCGCUCCCAGCUUGCGGUGCUCUGGUCUGGAGAACACUGAUGCGACUGCCAGUGCGAAGUCCCUCUCUUCCCCCCCUCCAUGCUCCAAAAUCGAAGCCAUACCAUCCACAUACCCCUCCCACACACGCCCCUUCAGAUGCUCCCUCCACUUCAAGUCCUUCCUAUCCCUCCCACACCUGCUAGCAACCCCUUUGACCUCUACCAUAUUCGCUGUCUCCUCCCCACCUCCGUGCUUCACAGAAUCAACCCCAUGUGGUGCCGCCACCAGCCCCCUUACGGGCCUUCUCUCUUCCCCUUCUCGCCCACCAACCAUCAGCAUUCUUUCCCCUGCCUCCCCCCCUCUCCUCAGCAUGCGCCUUCUCCAGCCCGUCUGA